UCAUGCACCGUUUUCUUGAACCAAGACCCAGCUUCGAUCAAGACAUGACACCGUACGAGUAGGACCGGCGACUGAAACCAAACCUUGAUAAAUCCGAAGAAGUCCCAAUCAAGAAGAAGGGGAGAGAGAGAUGGAGACGUUGGAGGAGGAGGAGGAGUACAGCUGGAGAGAAGUGAAGCUGCCCAGCCUGGUCCCGGUAGUGGGGGAGGCGGAGAUUCCCGAGCUGGAGAGAGAGACGGGGGAGAGGAGGCGGGGCAGGGCGGUGCUGGUCGCCGUGGAUCACGGGCCGAACAGCAAGCACGCGUUCGACUGGGCCCUCAUCCACUUCUGCCGCCUCGCCGACACCCUCCACCUCGUCCAUGCCGUCUCCAGUGUAAACAAUGAGGUUAUUCAUGAACAGAGCCAGGUGCUGAUGGAGAAGCUAGCCGUUGAGGCUUUUCAGGUUGCCAUGGUGAGGACCGUUGCUAGGAUUGUGGAAGGCGAUCCGGGAAAGGUCAUUUGCAGAGAGGCAAAAAGAUUGAAACCUGCGGCUGUUGUAAUGGGGACGAGAGGAAGAAGCCUUAUUCAAAGCGUACUUCAAGGAAGUGUGAGUGAGUAUUGCUUCCAUAACUGCAAAUGGGCACCUGUUAUCAUAGUUCCAGGCAAAGAAGCUGGGGAUGAGUCGUUGGUAUAGUCGAACUCGAAAAGCUGUUGGCGCAUAGAUUUUGUCGAUCCAGGAAAAAUAGUGGAUUUCUUGUAUUAGAAAAGAGUAUGUUAGUGAUGCAGAUUAGGUCUUUAUCGUUAGUGAUUGCGUGAAUUGUACAAGAUACGGAAAUCCAGAGCCGCUUUGUUCGUUUGUACUCACUUUGUCGUGAUUGAAAAAGGCUGUUGUUUGAGAGCAGUAAA